GAAAAGUUUAAUAAGAAAACAACAGAAAUACAAUACAAAUUGGCAUCAUCAGCUAUACAUAGACUGACAUAUAUAUAGAUAUAUAUAAUAUAGUUUGGCAGUAAAAAGAGAGCUUAGAAAGAAUAUGGGUUGGAAAGGAGUUUUGGGUUUUGAUUAUGGAAUAGUUCAAGCACCAUUGGGACCUGAUAUUUCUGGUCCUGAGCUAGUUGCUGCUGUUGCUAAUGCUGGUGGACUUGGUUUUCUUAGAGCUCCUGAUUGGGAAGACCCAAAUUACUUGAGGGAAUUAAUAAGAAAGACUCGAACAUUAACUGACAAACCCUUUGGAGUUGGUGUUGUUCUGGCUUUUCCCCAUGAAGAGAAUAUAAAAGCAAUUUUAGAGGAGAAAGUUGGAGUUUUGCAAGUUUAUUGGGGUGAAUGUUCACAACAACUUGUAGAUAAAGCACAUAAGGCAGGGGUCAAGAUUGUUCCUCAAAUUGGGAGUUAUGAAGAAGCAAAUACAGCUAAAGAUUUGGGUGUUGAUGCCAUUAUUGUUCAAGGCCGUGAAGCAGGUGGUCAUGUGAUUGGUCAGGAUGGUCUGUUCCCACUUUUGCCAAGAGUAGUUGAUCUGGUUGGAGAGAGAGAUAUACCUGUUAUUGCUGCUGGAGGCAUUGUAGAUGCUAGUGGUUAUGUUGCUGCUUUGGCCCUUGGAGCUCAAGGAGUCUGUUUAGGCACAAGAUUUGUUGCAACUGAGGAAAGUAAUGCUCAUCCCAUUUACAAGAAGAAAUUAGUUGAAUUUGAUAGGACCGAGUACACCGAUAUAUUUGGGCGAGCAAGGUGGCCUAAUGCACCGCAGCGUGUUCUUGAAACGCCUUUUUUCAAUGAAUGGAAAUCUAUUCUUCCUCAUGAAAAUGAAGCAAACCAACCUGUUUUAGGUAGAUCAACAAUACAUGGAAAGGAGAGGGAGAUUCGUCGGCUUGGAGGCACUGUUCCGAAUUCGACAGCAACAGGUGACAUAGAAAGUAUGGCCAUGUAUGCUGGCCAAGGUGUAGGUCUAAUUAAGGAGAUUUUACCAGCUGGUGAAGUUGUUAAGAGACUAGUUGAAGAUGCCAAGGUUUUGAUCAAGAACAAAUUCAGUUAGAUAUAUAUAAAUUUGUAGUUGUUGACCAAAAUGUUUUGCAAAUGAGGGUAAAUUUGGUGUUAGGAAAUGGGGUUUGCUAUGUGUGUUAAAUGUGUUAGUGUCUUGGACUUUUGUUUUAUACAAUUGUAGUUGAUGUUAGUAAAUUGAAUUAUAAACCUGUGAAAUAAUGCUGAGCACAUUAUUUUGGUGAUUAA